GGCCGUUAAACGUCGGUUCAAACGGUUGGAUGUUACCCGAGAUUUAAAAGCAGCCGGUAAGCCCUGCUAUCACUUUGUAAUUAAAUAGGAAUUAAAAGUAGGCUUUUUCGUGAAAGGUGAAAAAAACUAUAAGCUCAGUUUUACUCUGGAUUUUCCUCUCUUUUUUUUUUUUGGAGAGUCGAGAGGUUGAAUUUCAGUGGGACCGGUGACAAGCUGUGAUUUUUUUCUGUUUUUGAGCGGGACUCACCUGCUGGGACUUCUCUCCUCCAGACCUCCAGACCGGCGGCAACACGGGGCUUUUGUAAAAAAAAAAAAAUAAAUAAAUAAAUAAAAGACACACACACACACAGAGAGCCGAGCCUCUGAGUAUCUGAACACCAGAGGAGGAGGAGAGGGAGAGUACGGCAGGCACAAAGAGCGGAGAGCAUCCAGAGAGGGGAGGAAGAGGAGGACGGGACGGGAGAGAGAGAGAGAGAGAGAGAGAGAGAAAGCGGUGAGGACAACAACGGGGACCACAACAGACAGCAUCCCUCUUUAAUAUCUGCUCUCCUCCUCCAUAAGCAUCCUCUGAAAAACGGGAUCCUGAACGCUGUUUGUCCACCGUAAAGGGAUACCUGCUCCUGCUCUGUUUGCCCCUCAGCCCCUGCAGUACCCAGUCGUCCUCUCCACUCUGUCCUGAUGAAGGAGGCCGACGCCAUCAAGCUGUUUGUGGGGCAGAUUCCCCGGAACCUGGAAGAGAAGGACCUGAAGCCCAUCUUCGAGCAGUUCGGCAAGAUCUAUGAAUGAAUCGGCCAAUCCAGGUGAAACCAGCUGACAGCGAGGGCAGAGGAGAGGAUAGAAAGUUGUUUGUGGGCAUGCUUGGAAAGCAACAGAGCGAUGAGGACGUCAGAAGGCUGUUUGAGCCCUUCGGCAGUAUAGAUGAGUGUACGGUGUUGCGAGGACCCGACGGCACCAGCAAAGGGUGUGCUUUUGUAAAAUUCCAAGGACACGCUGAAGCCCAGGCUGCCAUCAACAGCUUGCACGGGAGCCGCACAAUGCCUGGAGCGUCGUCCAGUCUGGUGGUGAAGUUCGCUGACACAGAGAAGGAGCGGGGGCUGAGGAGGAUGCAGCAGGUGGCCUCUCAGCUCGGCAUCUUCAGCCCCAUGACCCUCAACUUCCCCGCCUACAAUGCCUACACACAGGCGGUCAACGCACAGCUUGUCCAACAGCAGGCCCUGGUUGCCCAGUCAGCGUACUUGUCUCCUGUGGCAACAGUUGCCGCCGUACAGAUGCAGCAGAUGGCGGCGCUCAAUGCCAACGGAAUCAUUGCCACACCCAUUACACCCAUCACGCCGUCUUCGGGAACAAACACUCCACCAACUAUUGCAGCAACGCCUGUGUCAGCUCUGCCACCAAUAGGAGUGAAUGGUUACAGCAGUGUGCCAGCCCCCACCAAUGGACAACAAGCAACAGAAGCGCUAUACACCAAUGGUGUUCACCCAUAUCAAGCUCAGAGUCCUGCAGCCUUGGACCCUCUACAGCAGGCGUAUGCAGGCAUGCAACACUACACAGCAGCGUAUCCUGCUGCCUACGGAUUGGUCGGACAGCCGUUCCCCCAGCAGCCAACACUGGUUGCCCAGCAACACCAGCAGCCCCAGCAACAGCAGCAGAGAGAAGGUGAUUCAGAGGCUUGUAACAUCUUCAUCUACCACCUGCCUCAGGAGUUCAGUGACUCUGAGAUGCUGCAGAUGUUCCUGCCCUUUGGCAAUGUCAUCUCGGCUAAGGUGUUUGUUGACCGUGCCACCAACCAGAGCAAAUGCUUCGGAUUUGUGAGUUUUGACAACCCAGCCAGUGCUCAGGCCUCCAUCCAGGCCAUGAAUGGCUUCCAGAUCGGCAUGAAAAGACUGAAAGUGCAGCUCAAAAGGCCCAAAGAUGCCAACCGCCCAUACUGAGUGACAACUGAGAGGAGGAAGAAGAAAUAAAGAGAGGUGACCUUUCAGAGUCCAGCCGAGGUGGAAUCCCAGGGUUCAUAGUGCUUUCAGACUGUCUGCUACCUUUGAGCGUCCGGAGAGUGCAGCCAAACACACACACACACACACACACACACUUUUACAAUGACACACACAUGCACUCUAAAACACUGAACCUCAAACGGUGCAAGGCUGAUAUACAAAUGUACAUAAAGUGCACAAACACACACACACACACACACACACACACACAACGGACAGUCACAUACAAAUACACACGGUUCACACGAGUCAGUAAUCUUACCCAUACAGCCAAGAGCUUGGUUUGACCAUGGUCUGCGUGGAGUUUGCCAACAGGGUGUUUAGUACAGUUAUAUGUGUCAUACCAAGCAUGUAUGGAAGGUACUGAUGAAAAAUGCUGAUAUAUCACUUCAAUAGACUUUAACAUGUCUAUACCAUGUCUAUUACGUGACAAAUAUAGAGGGGCCGAUGUUUCAUAAUAAAAAAAGAAAGAAAAUACAAAAAAGACGACUAAAUGAGUAGGUUAGAGAGACUUUGGAGAAAAUCCUAAUGACCUGUAAAUAAUUUAGUUUACAAAGAGCAGCAUUUAAAAAACAAGAAAAAAUGCAAAAAGAAUACUACUUUAGAUAAACACUGAACAGGACACAGCGACAUUAUUAUUAUUAUUAUUAUCAUUAUUAUUAUCAUUAUUAUUAUUAUUAUUACCACUAGUAACAUCAUCGUCCUCAUAAAGGGAUAUUACAUUCCAAAUUGUAAAAUGGGAAAUCACUAACCUAUUUUAAAUUUCUACUUAGAUUUUAGGUGAAACUCGGGGGAGGGGGGAUUGCACUUUUAUUCGGGAGGUUUUAAUAUUUGAGCUAUUUUUUAUUUAUUUACUAAUUUAUCAAUUAUUUUGUUUAUUGGGAGGGAAGGGAUUUGAAUGGGUUGCAAUAUUUUGAUUUUAGAAUUUUCUAGAGAAAACCUUUUGAGGGCCUGUUUCUGUCAGACUCUUGCAAUCGAGUAAUUAUAAUGUAUGUAUUAAUUAUUACAGCAAUUAUAUUUAUUUCUAAUUUAUUGAAUCCUGUUUUUG